UUGAUGCCUGUUUAAUAGUUAAUAAGUAAUUUAGGUUGCUUUGUUUGAUACUAUGUAGGCACAUUGUUUAGCUAUUCAUAAAUAAAAAAUGGUUCAAGAACAACUUUUAUUUUUACUUUCACAACUUUUUCACUUUGAAAACAGUGGGCGUGUUUCAGUUUGCUAUUCAGCUUUUCAGUUGCUAUUUAAUCCUAUUGAGAAGGAAAGACUUCCUUGUCUCUUCUUCAUAACUGGUCUUGAAGGCUCUGUGUAACAAAGCUUGAUAGUCUGUGAGACUGAGCAUGUACAUGGGCAACUCAGAAAACGCUAUGAGAGACUAUGAUUCGACAUGGGAAGAUGAAGUUGGCUAUGAGGACUCUACACAGUUCUCGACACAAUGGUCAUGGAGUGCACAAAGGAACAUAGCUGCUGCAAGAGAUAUGCAAAACUACAGACGGAAGUGUCGGAACGUCUAUAAUGGGACAGAUCAUGAUAUGGAGGAUGAAGACGUCUCGCUAAAUCUGUUGUUUUACCAAAAUAAGAUCCCUUUCAACUUUGAUGGCAUGCGGAUUGAGGAUUUUCACAUGAACUGGUUUGGUAAUUACGAAAGGCUGGAACAUGUGCACUGCUACAUUCAAUGGCUAUUUCCAAUUCACGAGAAAGGAAUGAACGCAUCAUGUAGGCUUAGCUCAAAAGCGAUCAAGCUGUUCCGUAGGGAUGAGGAGAUGAAGAAAAAAUUGUUGGUGUCUUACAAGCUCAUGUUGGACUUCUAUGGCAUACAACUUGUCAGUGAGGAAACUGGAGAGGUGAAACGUGCAGUAAACUGGAAAGAGCGAUUUGCAAACCUAAAUAGAAACACACACAACAAUCUUCGCAUUACCCGCAUUUUGAAGUGCCUGGGAUUACUGGGGUUUCAGCACUAUCAAGAACCGCUGGUUCACUUCUUCCUUGUGGAGACUCUGGUGAGAGGCACACUUCCCAGAGUGAAGCAGAGUGUUCUGGACUACUUUAUGUUCGCAGUUGUGGACAAGUCGAAAAGAAAAGAGUUGAUCAAAUUUGCCUUGUGUUAUUUUGAGCCGAAAGAGGAGUUUGUGUGGUGUCCUAGGAGGAUUCAAAUUAAAUUUUUGAAGGAGGUCGAGCGUGCACAGAAAGAAACAGAGAUACCAAAAGUGAAGAAAUGGAACACAGGCUAGAGAAUAAGAGAAUGCCAAGUAAUUCAACAGUUCAAAGUGUUUAGAAUGAUCAACAGGGUAUAAAAUCAAGAUAAAAUUGUUAGAUUACAUUGAUUUUUGCUACAGAAAAAUCAGCAGAUAAGAACAGUAGUAAAGAUACUUUGUCUACUUGACUGGCCAAUGCGUCAAAAUGGAAGCUUCCAACAAACCUUUUAACAUAACUUCAACAUAACAAAGAUGCUCAGUCUAAAUGUCAUCACAUACCACAUCAUGCUGUUGAUCAUUCUAAAGACACUGUAAAUCACACUGUAAAUGUACAAUAAUUAUCACACAACCAGUGAAAACAACCAACAGCUUCCAACCAGGGGGAAUAAGUACUGAGAACUGGGGGAAACUGAACUAUUUGUUUUUAUUAAUACUAAAAUUUUGUAUUCUUUUGUUUAAGGCAUGGCACUUUGCUGUAAAAAUAGUUUCCCCUAGAGAGACAAUAAAGGUGAAGUUGAGCACCAAAACCAAGAGGAUAAAAACCAAGCAAAUACCAAUGAACAGGUGUAAGACAAGAAAGACAAUCCAGUAUCACCUUUAGACAAACUGUUGAAGAUAAUAUGCCUACAAACAUUGAGACAUAAAGAAAUAAAGGCAAAAUUAUCAUGAAAAUUUACACAUAAAUGUAGCUAAUCAUAAAAUCACUCUCAGAGAUAGGAGAGCAGUAUAGGAAAAUCUGUUCCUGACAAAAAGGCAGAAAUUGGGUUUGUGAGAGAUGAAAACUAAAAAAGAACAUAUCCAGACCGUGAUGUACAUUAUAUACAAGAAUCAUUAACCUCUUUUUUUUUUUUUUAAUUGUUGGUUGACCAACUAUUUUAAGGGAUCAUGCUUUAGGGUGGUGGGGAUUAAAAACGUGACUGCUCAUUUUUGACUUGUUUAUGCUCAUGCUGCUAAUAUGUGUUACUGAAAAAUACAAUUCUAGCCAAUUAGAAAAAGAUUAAUUACUCUUUUAUUACCAGUAUACCCAAGUUUAUAUUGAUUUUAGGCAGAACAGAUCCUCUGAACUAGCUUAAGCUAAUAAGCAAAAACAACAAGUCUGUGAAAUUUAACAUGCUAUGAAGGUAUGCUUUAAACUCAGAAAAUACAUGGACUAUGCAAUAUGCUGAUCAGAGUUCACCCACAUGCUGCAACAUAACAGGAAACACAGCUUAUUGAGCUAAUACUCAGAAAAUAACCUUUUAUAUUUUUUGCAUAUUUUUAGAUGUAAAAACAAGUAGUUGUUUGCCACAUCAUACAAGAGCUUGUAAACAGGGUUGUAAACUUCUACUUAAACUUCUACUUAUACUUGGAUCUAUGAAUAACUAUAAAUAAAGCUAACAUUCUGCACUUUAA